AAAGAGUUUGACAAGCAAAUAUAACCUUGAUGUUCACAUGAGAGUUCAUACUGGAGAGAAUACGUGCACUUGUGAUCAAUGCGUGAAGAGUUUUGCACAAUCAUCAAGCCUUAAGAUACACAUGAACAUCCACACUGGAGAAAAACUGCACACAUGUGAUCAAUGCGGCAAAACGUUUUUGAGGGCUUCAAACCUGAGGACACACCUGAGAGUUCAUACAAAGGAGAAGCCACAUUCAUGUUAUUUGUGUGGACAGAGUUUUUCUUCAGAGACCUGUUUAAAACAGCAUGAGAGGGUUCACACUGGAGAAAAACCUCAUAGGUGUUCACACUGCAACAAGAUAUUCAAUAAGUCAGGAGACCUGAAAACACAUGAGAGGAUCCACACUGGAGAGAAACCUUAUAAGUGUUUACGCUGUGACAAGAGAUUCAGUCAGUCAGCAAAUCUGAAAACACAUGAGAGGAUUCACACUGGAGAGAAACCAUACAUAUGUGAUCAGUGCGGGAAGAGUUUUGCACUAAAAGGAAACCUUAUGGGGCAUAUGAACAUUCACACUGGAGAGAAACAGUACAAGUGUUCACACUGUGACAAGAGAUUCAGUCGGUCAGCACAUCUGAAAACACAUGAGAGGAUUCACACUGGAGAGAAACCGUAUAUGUGUUCACACUGCAACAAGAGAUUCAGUGAUUCAGGAGACCUAAAAAGACAUGAGAGGAUCCACACUGGAGAGAAACCGUAUAUGUGUUCACACUGCAACAAGAGAUUCAGUGAUUCAGGAGACCUAAAAAGACAUGAGAGGAUCCACACUGGAGAG